AUGCCUUCAUCAGAUUUAGCUGCAAUCUCACUACCUGCUCAAAAAGCUAAGGUUGGUGAGAUCUCUAAGGACAAGGAUAAAGAUGUCCAAACGCAACCCGUUCAGAUCAUAGCAUCCUCGCAGGCACAGGUUGCUAGACACCUCCAGCCAGCUCUACUUAUAUCCUUGUUCUUCGCCCGGUUCGGAGCUCUAGUGGCAGAUCCGGUAUCAGCCAUGUCGAGUUCUCUUCCCGUAGUCGUAGCCAUACAAGUCACAUACGCCGUCGUAUGUCUGCCCCCUGUGGGCUCUCAUGCUGCAAAGCCAAUUAAGAAGGCUCGACCUGGAGAGAAGAAGAAGGUUGGAUUAGAGAGCAUGGGACCAAAUAUAGCAGUUGUAUACAACACUUGUCGCCCUCAUACUGUCAGCCAUAGCAAGUCGGCGUUGCAUGUCGUCCUUGUUCUCUUUGGUGCUCCUUUCUUAACUCACAUCGAGAAUACAUUCUUAUGCUCGACGCAUCUGUCCGUCUUAGGCCUGUUCCCGUUGUUCUACACUCGUGGUGUGUCGAGCAACGACUGGCAUGAGAUCCUGAGUGCCAGUGCCCCGUUCGACGAGGCAUUUGGGGGCCUCGUCGGCGCCUGCGUAGGAGCUUGGCUAGGCGCUGUUCCUAUCCCCUUGGACUGGGACCGGGAGUGGCAGAAGUGGCCUGUGACCAUAGUCUGUGGGAUUUAUGCGGGCUACUUGGUUGGGAAGCUACUAGGAGGUACUGUGGCCCUGGCGAGGAGGUUUUCUUAA